AUGGAGUAUCUCAUUCGUUUUUCACAGUCGCAUGAGACCUUCCGCUUAGCGGAGAUUCAGUCGCUCGCUAUCGUCGAAGGUAUAGACCUCAACGUCAUUUCUUAUAGUGAAGAGUCACCUUUCUGCGUAGUAAGAUUGCCGUCCGAAGAUGCUGCGAAGGCUCUUUUAAAGCGCUCUGUAUUGGCGCAAACUAUCCAUGAGCACUGGGGUACAGCCGAAAACUACGAUGAGCUUCACGCCAUCAUCAAGCGUGAUACUGCUCAUCUGUGGCCACAAUACAAAGAUGUCUCAUUUAAGAUCAAUAUAGACACCUAUCAGGGCUCUCGACCGGAUAAGCGGAAAAUAGAGCUCAUAAAUUCAUUCGCCUACUUAGCCUUCGAAGGCUUAAUUCUGCUAAAGUCCCCCGAUCAAGAAUUCACCAUCUUCGAGCAAUGGGACUUUGAUGCCGUGCCGCGGAACCUCCCUGACCCCUUACGGAUCUAUUUUGGCCGUCUUGUAGGUCGUAGCGUAAGGGAAGUGAUCAAGACCUAUGAUCUCAAGAAGAGAGGAUACAUUAGCACGACCUCUAUGGAUUCUGAGUUGGCUUUGGUUACAGCGAAUAUUGCGCUUGCUGCGCCAGGAAAGAUUUUCUACGACCCUUUCGUGGGAACCGGCAGCUUCCCGAUUGCCUGUGCACAUUUUGGAGCUCUUGGCUUCGGAAGUGAUAUUGACGGCCGCAGUGUCCGGGGUGAAGGCGGAAAGAAAAGUCUGAAGGGCAACUUCCAACAGUAUGGAUUGGAGAAAUUGCUAGGUGAUGUUUUCGUUUGCGAUUUGACGAACAGUCCUGUGCGGAGAGCAAGAACAUUUGACGGCAUCGUCUGUGAUCCACCAUACGGGGUAAGGGAAGGAUUGAGAGUUCUGGGCUGUAAAGAUCCGGAGCAGAAGGAUGCCUGGCUCGUAGAAAAGGGGAAGCAGCUGUACCGGAAUCCGCGCUUCGUACCUCCCAAGAAACCAUAUAGUUUUAUGGCCAUGUUAGAUGACAUACUUAACUUUGCUGCCGAUACAUUGGUGGAUAAUGGCCGUCUAUCAUUCUGGAUGCCCACGGCCAAUGACGAAGAGCAAGAAAUCCCCAUACCAGCACAUCCAUGCCUGGAACUCGUGGUUGUCUGCACUCAAGUAUUUAACAAAUGGUCAAGAAGGCUCAUCACCUACCGUCGCCUACCAGAGGCCGAAGUAGAUAUGUCUGCCCUUUCGCAGAGGAAGCAGGAGGAACAACAGAAUGGCCAUACCGCAGACGACCUGAACGCGUUCCGCCGUGCUUACUUUAAGGGAUUCAAAUCAGAAAAAGCGAACCCAGACGUUGUGAACUAA